AAACAGGCUAGCGUGAUGACGUACUUCCGGUUAAAUGUCAAACUUGCGUAGUGCUUUACAUCUGACAGGACAGCGGACAGUGGCAUCAUAAAUCGGUCGGAACAAGCUUACACAUACCAGUAGCAUUAAGGCUCAAGAAGAAAGCGGCCUACUUGGUGAUUUUGCAAUACAGCAGUCGAGCACCAUGUCUUUUAUUUUUAACUGGAUCUACAGAGGCUUCAGUGGCGUGCUGCAGUUGUUAGGACUGUACAAGAAAUCCGGCAAGCUGGUGUUUCUCGGAUUAGACAAUGCCGGCAAAACGACACUACUGCACAUGCUCAGAGAUGACAGGCUGGGCCAGCAUGUGCCCACGCUGCACCCAACAUCUGAGGAGCUCACCAUUGCUGGAAUGACAUUUACCACAUUUGACCUGGGCGGUCACACACAAGCACGACGCAUUUGGAAAAACUACCUCCCAGCCAUAAACGGCAUCGUCUACAUGGUGGACUGUGCUGAUCGUGAGCGACUAGCUGAAGCUAAAGUGGAGCUGGAUGCGCUUUUGACAGAUGAGACCAUCUCCACUGUGCCCGUCCUCAUCUUGGGAAACAAAAUUGAUCGUCCAGAGGCCAUCAGUGAGGAUGCGCUCCGAGGGUUGUUUGGUCUGCAUGGACACACAACUGGAAAGGGAAAAGUGUCACUGAAGGAGCUUAAUUUGAGGCCAAUGGAGAUUUUUAUGUGCAGCGUUCUGAAGAGACAAGGAUACGGAGAAGGAUUCCGCUGGCUGUCACAAUACAUUGACUGAUUUAAUGUAAAUUGAUCCAGUUUUCAAUGUUUAUUUACAUAACACUACCAGAAAUGGGAGAAUUUGUUUUUAUCAACAUACCUUUAGAAUUUUGACUGUACCAGCUGAGAAUGCAUUUAAGAUUGUGGCCAAUAUUCUUUGCUGGAAAAACAUUGAUACCACAGCAACUCAAAGAUAACUUAUUGAGUGCAGCCAAGGAUCUUCAUGCUGUGUAUUUUUUUACCUUUGGGUGCCAUUGAGAAAGUGUAAGUGUCAUCAACAGCAAGUCAGAGGUUAUUUUUAGCAGCCGGUGUUGACUUACAGCAAGGGUCGGUUUGGGUAAAGACCGUAUUAAGACACACAGGUGCCAUUGAAGUUUUAGGGGGGUAUUUUUGAAAACAGGGUUUACCAAUGAAAGUGUUUUUUUUUUGCUGUGAGAUUCACUGUCAACGCAGUGUUAUAUAGUUAAAGUUUAUGAUGAAGGUGGCAUAGAUAAUUGCUAUGACAAAACUGGAGUACUUUGUGAUUAGUAGCUGCUCAACACAUGCAGUGACAUGAGAGUACUUUCAUGGUGGUUCUUAAAAGCAGGAUACAAAAAAAUAUAUUGUGGAUGAAGGAAUGGUAGAUAUAUUUUUGGAAUGUUAUUUGUACAUCGUUAUUUAUAUAUUUACCUCAUGGAGGCCAAGUUAUCUCUUAAGCUGUUACAAAAAAUGGGAGCUGGGUGACGAUAAAGACUUUCUGCAAAUGU